UGUCCAAACACUCCUUUCCCUCUUCUUCCUUCAUAUCCUUACAAAUAUGGCUGGUGCGAUGCAGAACGCGAAGAAGACAUUGCCCAAGAUCGCGGACGAGGAUCGAGAGUCAAGAUAUGGACAAGUCUUUGGUGUAUCUGGACCCGUCGUCAUUGCCGAGAACAUGACGGGUUCGGCGAUGUAUGAACUGGUACGAGUUGGACAUGACGAGCUUGUUGGAGAGGUCAUCCGGAUAGAUGCCGACAAGGCGACCAUUCAGGUUUACGAAGAGACAUCAGGAGUAACUGUUGGAGAUCCGGUGCUGCGUACAGGAAAGCCGUUGUCUGUCGAGCUAGGACCAGGUCUUAUGGAAAACAUCGUUGACGGAAUUCAACGCCCGCUUCGAUCCAUUCAACAACUCUCUCGAUCCAUAUAUAUUCCACGCGGAAUCAAUACGACGGCUCUGGACCGCUCACUGAAAUGGGAUUUCACGCCUGAUAGCCUUAGGGUUGGUGAUCAUAUCACUGGUGGUGACAUUUUUGGCACAGUUUAUGAAAACUCCCUUAUCAGCAAGCAUAAGAUCAUGCUGCAUCCUCGAGCUAUGGGAACCAUCACUCAUAUAGCAGAGAAGGGAAGCUAUGCCGUCGAUGAUGUGGUGUUGGAGACCGAGUUCGAAGGCAAGAAGUCGUCACAUACCCUGAUGCAAAUCUGGCCCGUGCGCGCUCCUCGACCGGUGACAGACAAGCUGACGGCGAACUAUCCCUUCCUGACCGGGCAACGUGUGCUCGAUGCCCUCUUCCCCUCCGUUCAAGGCGGCACAACAGCCAUUCCCGGAGCUUUCGGCGCUGGCAAGACUGUUAUUUCCCAAGCUGUGUCCAAGUUCUCCAACUCGGAUGUCAUCAUAUACGUCGGAUGUGGUGAGCGUGGCAAUGAGAUGGCAGAGGUGUUGGCAGACUUCCCCGAACUGACCAUGACCACUGCGGACGGCCGGAAGGAACCCAUCAUGAAACGGACGACGCUCGUUGCGAACACAUCGAACAUGCCUGUGGCCGCUCGUGAAGCAUCUAUCUAUACCGGUAUUACACUUGCCGAAUACUGGCGCGAUCAAGGAUCGAACGUCGCUAUGAUGGCUGAUUCGACCAGUCGUUGGGCCGAGGCAUUGCGCGAAAUAUCGGGUCGUCUUGCAGAGAUGCCUGCUGACUCCGGUUACCCUGCGUAUCUCGGCACUAAGCUUGCAAGCUUCUACGAGCGCGCUGGGAAAGUUACUUGUUUGGGUAGUCCGGAGAGGACGGGUAGCGUUUCCAUAGUCGGAGCUGUUUCACCUCCUGGUGGUGACUUCUCUGAUCCUGUGACCGCCGCCACCCUCAGCAUCGUGCAAGUCUUCUGGGGCCUAGACAAGAAGCUCGCACAGAGAAAGCACUUUCCAUCAGUCAACUGGAAUUUGUCAUACUCCAAGUACAUCAAAGUUCUCGAGCCUCAUUACGAGCAGACCUAUCCCGGCUUCGUUGAGCUGCGCACCCGCGCAAAAGAGAUUCUGCAGAAAGAAGAAGACCUUGCGGAGAUUGUGCAGCUGGUCGGUAAGGCUGCUCUGGGAGAGCCAGAUAAGAUCACCCUGGACGUCGCACGUAUGAUCAAGGACGACUUCCUACAGCAGAAUGGCAUGUCUGAAUACGAUGCCUUCUGUCCUUUCUAUAAGACCACCGGAAUGCUCCGCAACUUCGUCGCUUUCUACGAUCAAGCACUAAAGGCGGUCACGAACAGCGACAUCACAUUCGCCAAGGUCCGCGACAAUGCUAGCGAUAUCAUGUUCCGGCUGUCUCAGAUGAAGUUUGAGAGUCCCUCGCAGGGCGAGGAGCCAAUCAAGAAAAAGUACGAUGCUCUGUACAACGACAUCCAGGACAAGUUCCGCCAGAUCAUGGAGUAGACAGUGAGAUUCAUAGACAUUUCGAUUCAGUCGCACGACAGGAAAUUUCGUAUCCCAGGCCAUUGCUGUAUUUACGCUCACGGUAGCACCAAUGCUAAGUAUUGC